AGUCGUCUGCUUCAAAAAAUCAAAACACAUUUUUUCUUUCCUUUUCUGCAGCAAAUUUCUCUAUGAAAUACAGAAAAGUUCACAUUUUACCUCGUGCAAUACCGAAAAAUAGAGAUAAUUCUCAGUCGCUCUUCAUCAAUUCUUCACGGUUUUCUUUAUGUCUACCGGCAAACUAGUUUCCGCAUUGUCAUUUAGAUUAAAGAGAAUUGGGAGAUAUGCAGAACUCAUUCAAAUAACACAUAAGACGAUUUUUACAGCAACAAGUUUAAAUCCAAGAAAGACUAGUAGCAUUAGAGCUCACCAUCUGUUAGUAUCCUGUCCUCAGCUGUUGAAGCGCAGUCUGUUCACCAUGAAAGUAGAGUCAGAAGAUUUUAAAUCAAUCUUCACUGAUGAGCUUGUACAACUUCAGAAGAUUUUUGAGAAGCAUAAUUAUGAAAUUCGUUUUGCUGGAGGUCCAGUAAGGGAUCUUCUGAUGAACAUCAAGCCUCAUGAUUUGGAUUUUGCAACUACUGCAACUCCUCAGCAAAUGAAGGAUAUGUUUAACUCUGAGAAUAUUCGUAUGAUCAAUCUAACUGGGGAAAAGCAUGGCACCAUAACAGUACGCAUCAAUGAAAAAGAAAAUUUCGAAAUUACUACCUUAAGAAUUGAUGUAGUUAAUCAUGGGAGACAUGCAGAAGUGCAAUUUACCCAAGACUGGGAACUAGAUGCAAAUAGAAGGGAUCUCACAGUGAAUUCAAUGUUUCUUGGUUUUGACGGAACGGUUUACGAUUAUUGUGGGGGUUGGGAGGAUUUGCAGAAACGACGAGUGGCAUUUGUGGGAGAUGCACGCACAAGGAUGCAAGAAGAUUAUUUGAGAAUUCUACGCUACUUCCGAUUUUGUGCUAGGAUAUCACCCGAUCCUAAUUUACAUGAACCCGAUACGGAAGCAGCACUUCGUGAAAAUAUGGAAGGCUUAUCCCGGAUAUCGGGCGAAAGAAUUUGGCUAGAACUGAAACAGAUUCUAAGUAACCGACACGCUGGGCCUCUUCUGGAAACGAUGCUUCGUCUUGGAAUAGCCCCCUACAUUGGCCUUGGAGAAGAUCCUAAUGUAAAAGAAUUUAAAGUUAUUUGGGAACGAGCUAAGAACAACAACGUGGAGUUGUUGCCCAUUACCUUAUUAUCCGCUUUACUUGAUUCAGAAGGAGCGGCAGCUUCUCUUCACGCAAGAUUGAAAUAUCCAAAUUUUGACAAGGAUCUCUCUUUUUUCAUCGUUGAACAUCGUAAUCUUCUACCUGAACCUUUUAAGCCGUUGCGGCCGUACCAAAUGAUAGUGAUCGACACAAAGCAAAAGAUGAAAGACGCCAUUUUUAGAGGUGCCGAGUUACUUCGCUACCAAGGAAAACAAGAACUUGCCAUUGAGUUUGAAAAAUGGGUCCCUCCGAGGUUUCCUGUUGGCGGUGCUGACCUAAAGGACAAAGGAGUGCCGGGUGGUAAACCCAUGAGCAUGGUUAUCCAAAAAUUACGAAGCAAAUGGAAAGAUAGUGACUUCCAAAUCAGCCAUGAAGACCUUGUGCGAUGCAUCCCAGAGGUGAUGGAAGACCUUGGAAUUAAAGUGCAGAAAUCUUAAUUUGUAUUAUUAGAGUGGAUUGAUUAUACAAUCUGCAUUCUGCAAAAA